AUGCCAGAUCUUUCGAAAGAGUUGAUCGCUUCCAUCUCCAAGUCCGUCUCGGACGGCUUCGACGCUCAGAUCGCAUAUACGCAAUCACUAAUCCGGUUCGGCGGACAACGGGGCGAAGAGAGCGAAGUGCAGGACUUUGUCUUUAAUCAGUUCGCCGACCGAGGAUAUGCCCCGGUGAAAUUCGGCAUGGACGAAGCAGCUCUGGCGAGCCACGUUGGUGCCGGCAAGUUCAGUGCAACACACUCCAAGGCCCCUAUUGUCGUGGGUGUGCAUAAACCGCGCUCCCAAGCACCGCAGGGGAAAAGCCUGAUCUUGAACGCCCACAUUGAUGUGGUGCCCACGGGACCUUUGGACCUGUGGACGCAUGACCCUUAUAGUGCGCAUAUCGAAGGGGAUCGACUCUAUGGGCGAGGAGGCGCCGACAUGCGAGCGGGCAGCGCAGCCAAUUUGCAUGCGCUCGAUGCGCUGCGUCGGCUCGGGUUCCAGCCCGCGUCCGAGGUCAUCUUGGAAUCGGUGGUCGAAGAGGAAUCCACAGGCAAUGGGACCUUGAUGACACACUUGAAAGGGUAUAAGGCGGACGCUGUGCUGAUUCCGGAACCCGAGGAAGAGAUGCUGGUGCGCGCCAAUGUCGGUGUCUUGUGGUUUCAGGUCGAGGUGCGAGGCACCCCAGUGCAUGUGAGGGAGAUGGGAACGGGCAUGAACGCAAUCGACGCGUGCUGGAGAGUGGUCGGGGCUUUAAGGGAGCUGGAAUCCGAGUGGAACCUGAGAAAGGUGGGAAUGGAGCACUUUGAGAACGAGGAGCAUCCUCUAAAUCUCAACGUUGCGAUGAUCAACGCAGGGGACUGGCCGUCAUCAGUUCCGGCAUGGUCUCGUGUUGAUUGCCGAAUAUCAAUAUAUCCCGGCGUCAGCGCCAAAUCUGCCGCUGAUGAGAUCGAGAAAAAGGUUGCAGAUUUUUCUCGGACCGAUCCAUUCUUGAGCAAGACUCCUCCCAAGGUUAUUUGGAACGGCUUCUUCGCCGAGGGAUAUGUGCUUCAACCAGGGAGUGAGGCAGAAAAUACGCUCCGAAGGGCACACCAGCACGCGACAGGCGAGGACUUGAAGACUUUCAUGACGGCUGGCUACCUUGAUACCAGAGUGCAUGCGCUAUAUGACAAGAUUCCAGCCUUGUGCUAUGGACCCAUUAGUUCCAAUAUCCAUGGUUUUGAUGAAUGGGUGAGUAUCAAGAGUCUGAAGAGGAUCACCACAGCCAUCGCAUUGUUCAUCGCGGAAUGGUGUGGGCUUGAAGAGAUCCAUGGGGAAUGA